GUGAACUUUCGCACCACGCGUAGCUCGUGGAAGACGGAACCGGCAAGGAGAGGCAACGUCACAUAGCAGACGAACGAAACAAAAAUCGCGGCGGCCGUAGCGCAGAAAGACCCCGAGUGGUGCGGCGGAGCCAGAGGCAGCGAUUACAACAGGAAAGAUGGCGGACGACCCGAGCGCGGCGGACAGGAACGUGGAGAUAUGGAAAAUCAAGAAGCUGAUCAAAAGUUUGGAAGCAGCAAGAGGGAAUGGCACCAGCAUGAUUUCCCUCAUCAUCCCUCCCAAGGACCAGAUCUCCAGAGUGUCCAAGAUGUUGGCUGAUGAGUUCGGCACGGCCUCCAACAUCAAGAGCAGAGUCAACAGGCUGUCUGUGCUCGGCGCCAUCACCUCAGUACAGCAGAGACUCAAGCUCUACAACAAAGUUCCCCCUAAUGGCCUAGUGGUGUACUGUGGCACCAUCGUCACUGAGGAGGGCAAGGAGAAGAAAGUCAACAUUGACUUUGAGCCUUUUAAACCCAUCAACACCUCUCUCUAUCUCUGCGACAACAAGUUCCACACUGAGGCGCUGACGGCCCUUCUGUCCGACGACAGCAAGUUUGGUUUUAUUGUGAUUGAUGGGAGCGGAGCUUUGUUCGGGACUCUGCAAGGGAACACCAGGGAAGUUCUGCACAAAUUCACCGUGGAUCUCCCCAAGAAGCACGGCAGAGGAGGACAGUCAGCUUUGCGUUUUGCCCGUCUGAGGAUGGAGAAGAGGCACAACUACGUGAGGAAGGUGGCUGAGACGGCGGUCCAGCUCUUUGUGUCCAACGACAAGGUCAACGUGGCCGGCAUGGUCCUGGCUGGUUCUGCUGAUUUCAAAACUGAACUGAGUCAGUCAGACAUGUUUGACCCGAGGUUACAAGCAAAAGUGUUGAAGCUGGUAGACAUCUCAUACGGAGGGGAGAAUGGAUUCAACCAAGCAAUUGAGCUCUCCGCAGAAGUGCUGUCAAACGUCAAGUUCAUCCAGGAGAAGAAACUCAUAGGGCGGUAUUUUGAUGAGAUCAGCCAGGACACGGGGAAGUACUGUUUCGGUGUGGACGACACCCUCAAAGCCCUGGAGAUGGGAGCUGUGGAGAUCCUCAUUGUUUAUGAGAACCUGGACACUAUGAGAUACAUCCUGAGACUCCAUGGAGCAGAGUCCAUCGACGCAGAGAAUGAUGAGAAGACCAUUUAUUUGACGCCAGAACAGGAGAAAGACAAGUCCCAUUUCACAGACAAAGAGACGGGGCAGGAGCAUGAAUUGAUCGAGUGCAUGCCUCUGCUGGAAUGGUUCGCCAAUAGCUACAAGAAGUUCGGCGCCACGCUGGAGAUUGUCACAGACAAGAGCCAGGAGGGAUCGCAGUUUGUCAAAGGCUUCGGUGGCAUUGGGGGCAUCUUGAGGUACAGGGUGGAUUUCCAGGGCAUGGACUACCAGGGAGAGGACGAUGAAUUUUUCGAUUUGGAUGACUACUAGGUAGUCGGGGACUGAUAUGGGGAGAUGAAAGAAUGGAUGAAGAAAUUGAAGAAGGACGGAAUGAAAAAGAAUCUCUCACACAGGGAGAGAACAUGGACCCCUUAUCAACUGCAAACACUUACACACAGAUACAUAUACAAAUACAUAUGCUGAAGAGGAGUGACGGCCUGUCAAUCACAAGGAGAGAGAACCCUUCAUGAGUAACAACAAAAUAACGCCCCAGCCUUAGAAUACUCUGAUUGGAUUGAACUCGCCUUUUUAAGUUCAAUGUAUCUACUUUUUUUCCCUUUUCUUUUCUUUCUUUUUUUU